GCCUGAGCCCGUCGCCCCCUGACCCCCUCCGACCCCAGCCAUGGCGAAGCAGUACGACGUGCUGUUCCGGUUGCUGCUGAUCGGGGACUCCGGGGUGGGCAAGACCUGCCUGCUGUGCCGCUUCACCGACAACGAGUUCCACUCCUCGCACAUCUCCACCAUCGGGGUCGACUUCAAGAUGAAGACCAUCGAGGUAGACGGCAUCAAAGUGCGGAUCCAGAUCUGGGACACAGCGGGGCAGGAGAGGUAUCAGACCAUCACAAAGCAGUACUAUCGCCGGGCCCAGGGAAUUUUCUUAGUCUACGACAUUAGCAGCGAGCGCUCCUACCAGCACAUCAUGAAGUGGGUCAGUGAUGUGGACGAGUAUGCCCCGGAAGGUGUCCAGAAGAUCCUCAUAGGGAAUAAGGCCGACGAAGAGCAGAAACGGCAAGUGGGAAGAGAGCAAGGGCAGCAGGGAGGAAGGGAAGUGAGGGCAGAUGAAGGCUUCCAGGUUGGAGAGACUAUGGGAGUAAAAGGGUAGGAGGAUGGUGUUGAGGGAGCUUUCAAGCCGACCAGAGACCCAUCCUCUCAGAGAGCAGAAACAAAGGUUGAUGUUUCGGAGGUAAGAGUUGUCUAUCUGUGCCGGGCCCUCCAGCUCUUUCCUGGCCUCCUUCAGGUUAUAGCAUUCCACUAGCACCUCAGCAUAAAGCGUUUCUUGCUGACAUUGGACUACGAUGCAUGGCCAUUCCCGAACAACCUGAAAGGAGAGACCAAACCCACUGUAAGAGUAUCGAUUGAGCACUGUACGGCUGGCACUGUGCUAAGCAAGGGCCUUUACGCACAUGGCCCUGAAUCAUUCCACAACCUUUUUUUUAACAGUUUCAUUGGUACUUCCUCCACAUAUCAUCCAAUUGAGUAGUUCAAUCGUAUCAAGAAAGUUGUACAGUCAUGGCUACAGUCGAUUGUAGAACAUUUCCAUCUUCCUUGUAUUAUUAUUAUUUUUUUGGUAACAGUUCUAUUGUCAUUCCACAAUCUUGGAUGACAGAUACGACUCUCAUUCCCAUUUAUUAAGAGAUGAAACAGAGGUGUUACUGAGAGUAAGGAAUUUGUCCAAGGUCAUGCAGCGAGGCAGUGGCAGCCUGGUAUCCAACGCUGGGCCUCUGGCUGCCAAGCACAUGUUUGUCAUGCAGAUGCCAGCUAGUUCAGUGUCUCUGCCUCCUAGUGCAUCGUGGUCACACGGAGGGGUAUGUUGAGGGGCUUGUAUGGCUGGAGGGCCUUGUCCCGUUCUUUGCUGGCCCAGGCCAGGGAAGGAGCGCCCCGCCUAGCCCAAGAACUUACCCACCCAGAAAAUCGCCCAUGGCACAGCCUGGGCUGAGGGCUGAAGAAUGUGCCAGGUGCUGUGGGGCGCUGCCUGGUGGGACCCACUCCCUUUCAGAAAUGCUCUCC